GUACUGUGACCAGGUGCUUACCAAGGCACUGGACGGCUGGAUGAGGCAGGUCUGCCUCGAGGCCUCGGCUCAAACCAUGGCCGGCGCAGUGGCAUCAGUUCUGGGCGCUCUGAGCUAUCCGCUCCUGACACGGCAGCUGCAGUGGCUGCUUGC